AACACAUUUCAGAAGUGUACUUUCAAAAGAUAUUAAGAAGAAGAGCUACUCACUACAACUACUACUACAACAACAGCUGCCUGCUACUUCGAGUAGUAAAAACACAAGAAGAAGAAGAUACAAAAUGGCUGGUAAAGCUUUGCCUUUCAAAUCACUUUUGGUAUUCUUUUCAAGAAUACUUCUAAGAAAGUUAAGAAACCCUACUAAAUCAUCACAUCUUCAUAGAAAGGUGAGUAUUAACACUACUAGCACACAAGCUAAGUUACAGAAAUAUCCUUCACUUAGUCAAAGAUCUGUUGAUCAAGUGAUAUCCAAGAACCAAACUUUGAUCUUUGAUAUGGAAGGAUCACUUUUGAAAUCUUCAUCAUCAUCUGUAAUGUUUCCUUACUUCAUGUUAGUAGCAUUUGAAGCUAGUGGUAUAUUCAGGGCACUUCUUUUGUUACUAAUGUACCCUAUCAUAUGCUUAGUUGAUGAAGAAAUGAGUCUGUCAAUUAUGGUCAUGGUCUGUUUCUUUGGUAUCAAAGAAAAAAGCUUCAAAGUUGGUAGAGCUGUUUUACCAAAGUUUUUCUUAGAAGAUGUUGGACUCGAAGGUUUUGGUGUUUUAAUGAGAGGGGGUAAAAAAGUGGGUGUUAGUGAUUUCCCAAGGAUAAUGGUUGAGAGUUUUCUUAAAGAAUAUUUGGAGAUUGAUGUUGUUGUUGGCAGAGAGUUGAAAACUUUCCAUGGAUAUUAUCUUGGUUUAAUGCAAGAUAAGAAGAAAUCCAGUGGUGCAGUUUUUGAUGAAAUCUUUGGUACUCAUGAAGAUAGGUUGAUGGGCAACAAUCCUUCUGAUGUCAUUGGCAUUGGAAGUUUCAACAAGCCUCUGGAUCAUCAACUGUUCUCCCAUUGCAAGGAGAUCUACUAUGUAAGUGAAGCAGACAAGAGAAGCUGGCAAUAUCUACCAAGGAACAAAUACCCAAAGCCUCUUAUAUUCCAUGAUGGUAGAUUGGUUCUCAAACCUACCCCACUUAAUUCCUUAGCUGUAUUCAUGUGGUUGCCAUUGGGUUUCUGCCUUGCUAUAAUCAGAGGCAUCAUUGGUGUUACAUUACCCUACAGGGUUGCUGGUCCUAUUUUAGCCCUUCUCGGUUUGAGACUUAACUUAUCAAGACCCAACUCAUCAAAUUCAAUGCCAUCUUCAACCACCACCAACAAUCAAAACCAGCAGAACGAGCAAAAUGACCAAAACACCCUUCAAAAUGGUCUAGAGAAGAAGAAAAAAGGUGUUCUUUAUGUGUGUAACCAUAGAACUUUACUAGACCCACUUUACUUAUCAGCAGCAUUAUGUACACCCAUAACUGCUGUUACCUACAGCUUAAGUAGAGUAUCUGAAAUUUUGGCACCCAUCAAGACCGUGAGAUUGACGAGAGACAGGGUUAAAGAUGCAAAUAUGAUGGAGAAGUUAUUAAGUCAAGGUGAUCUCAUUGUUUGUCCUGAAGGUACUACAUGCAGAGAGCCAUACCUCCUUAGGUUCAGUCCUUUAUUUGCUGAAAUGAGUGAUAAAAUCGUACCUGUUGCUAUGAAUGCUCAUGUUAGUAUGUUCUAUGGUACUACUGCUGGUGGUCUUAAAUGCUUAGACCCACUUUUCUUCUUGAUGAACCCAUCUCCGUCUUACACUGUCCGGUUACUCGACGCAGUUGCCGGUGCAGCAUCACCGUUAUCAUUGUCGACGUGCCAGAAUGAAAACGCUGAUCAUGAAGUAUCAAGAUUUAAAAUAGCUAACCACAUUCAGGAGGAACUUGGUAAAGCAUUAGGGUUUGAAUGUACUAAACUUACAAGAAAAGAUAAGUACUUGAUAUUGGCAGGGAAUGAAGGAAUAGUCAAAAAUCGAUGACUUAGGGUCAAGAUUGGAUUUUGGACGGUGGUGAUGUUAAUAUUCAGUAUAUAUACAAACAAUCAACAUUACACCAUCAUUUUGAACCGUGAGAUUUGUUUCCCAUUCUAGGGUUUUCAGUUUUACACUCACUGACUAUGAUGUGUUCUCUCCCUUGUUGAUGGAUAAUAUACAGAGAUUCAACUCUCAACAUAUAUGUAAUAUUAUUUUAUUUUUUUUGGCUA